GAGAUGGUAGAAGAGGUUGUUUCCUCAAUAUCAGACCAUAAACUCAGUAAAAUGGACAAAAAGAAAUGGGGAUAGGAGCCAAAGACUCAGACAUAUGGACUAUGAGACAGAGAAAAAGACAUUUAGGGAAAGGUUAGAUCAGCUAUUGAAUUCAGGACUUCAACAUCAUGGGACAGAUCUACUUGGUCCAGGGGAGAAGGGAUUUAAGACAUUGAAAAAAUAAAGAGUUCUGGAAAGAGGAGACUGAUGGGAGAGGAAAAGACUUAAGUAUUAUGAGUAGAGGGAGAACAUACAAGAAUGUUUAAUGGAAGAAAUUCUGGAACACCAUGUGAAGUCAGGGAGGGUGGAGACCAGAAGAAGUAGAGGGUAACACUACUCUGGGACAAAUUAGAAGCAGAAUGGAGACGGUCUGGACUCAGCAGGGAUCCAGAGAAGAAUGGAGUUCACGCAAGACCUUACUGGGAUGGGGACUGAUGGGUAUCCUGCUCCUCGGCCUAACCUUGGUUUUUUCUGUGCUCCUGUUCUACACCUUCCAUAGCUGUGGACCCCGUAUGCAAGAUACUGAAUCUUUUAGUCUUCUACUCAUACCCCCCUCAGAUGGUCUUGGGGAGGGAGUUUCUAUCCUGUAUAUCUUCUCCAGCAGCCAUCCUAUACCCACAGGCCCUUGUGAGAGCCCUAGAUGUCUGGAGCUUGUGGCAAGUUAUCUGACUUCUGGAAAUGCUAGUGCCCUGCCCUGCACAGACUUCUUUAACUUUGUCUGUGGGAACUUAACAUCUGGGUGGACCAAGGAAUCCAAGAACAUAUUGCAAGUUCUAAAAGAAAAGAACCAGAAUCGACUCCGGAGAAUGUUAGAAGCUUCAGUCCCCUGGCCUCCUGACUCUGCACAGGGAAAGACUGUGAGGUUCUACAAAGCCUGCAUGGACACAGAUGCCAUUGAUGCUUCAGGGACAGAGCCCUUCACACAGGUCAUUGAGGAGCUGGGGGGCUGGAGUAUCUCAGGUAACUGGACACUUCCUGAUUUUAACCACACUUUGAAGAUUUUAAUGAGUCAGUAUGGUAGUUUCCCAUUCUUCAAAGCUUACCUGAAACCUCAACCAAGUUUUCCACACAUACCUGUGAUUCAGAUUGACCAACCGGAGUUUCAGAUACCCUUUCGGCCUGAUCAGAAGAACUACACUGAGAUAUUGAGGGCAUACCUGUCAUAUCUACAGCAACUGGGAACCUUGCUGGGGGGAGACCAAAAUGUUGUGUUGGAACAUGCAUCUGUAUCUAUAAGCAUAACUUCAAAACUCUUUCUGGCUGCAAAACCCCUGGAUCAGAGGAAGAGAGAGGGCAAGCUCUUCCAAGAGACUACUAUUGCCCAGCUGCAGGUGCCUGGCUUCUGGAAAGGGGAUAAAAAAAAUAGGGAAGUGGCUCCUUCUGUUGACUGGCUGUCUUGUUUGCGGGCAACGUUCUCCCCAGUAACCCUCAGUUCUUCUCAGUCUAUCAUUGUUCAUGACUUGGAAUACAUAAGAGGCAUGUCCCAGGUGAUAGGACAGACACCAACGGACAGAUACAGAGACUACCUUCAAAGCCACAUGAUCCUAGGGCUGGUUUCAAAGCUUAUCCCAGCCCUAGACAGUCACUUCCAGAAUGCACAGAGGAAUCUGAGUCAGAAACUUCAAGAACAGACUGGACAAUCUCCCAUUACAAUCAGCUUCCCUCGAUGGAAGAAAUGCAUAGAGGAGACAGGGACCUUCUUUGAGCCCACAUUGGGAGCAAUGUUUGUUCAAGAAACCUUCGACCAACGCAGCCAAGAUACUGCCACUCAAUUUUUCUCUGAGAUCCAAAAUGCCUUGAGCAAGCACCUGAAAAAGCUUCCCUGGAUGGAUGAAAAAAGCCGAAGAGAAGUCCAGGCCAAGUUAUCCCAGUUGAAGGGAGAAAUUGGAGCCCCAAAGGAGUUAUUGAAAUCCAAUCCAGCUAAACAAGACUAUCAGGAUAUCAAUUUUGGUCCCAGUUUCCUUCAGACAUUCCUAAGUUGUUCCCAAUCCCUCCGAGAGAGGACCAUGAGAAGCGUUCUGGAGACUCCUCACAGUCACAGUUGGAAGGUACCCCCUUGGGAGGUCAAGGCCUACUAUUCCAUUUCUGAUAAUGUGGUUGUUUUUCCUGCUGGACUCCUACAGCCCCCAAUCUUCUGCCCUGAUUAUCCAAGCGCUGUGAACUUUGGAGCUGCAGGCAGUAUGAUGGCCCAUGAAUUAAUGCACAUCUUCAACCAGUACUUGGUCCCAGGGGGCUGCCCAGCCUGUGACAUUUCCACCCUGCAUGGGGAGCUGCUCUGCUUGCAGCAACACUACGAGUCCUUCUCACUGCCAGCAGGGAGCACAUUCAAUAGUUCCCACACCCUUUUGAAGAAUGCUGCUGAUAUAGGCGCCGUGGUUAUUGCGAUGCAGGCAUACAGGAAUUGGCAGCAGACGCAUAAAGGGGAGACUAUCCUGCCUAGCUUAGGCCUCGGCCCCUACCAGCUCUUCUAUCAAAGCUACGCCCAGUCUAUGUGUGGAAGUCCCAACCUUCAGGAUUCCCAAGAUCUCCACAGCCCUCCUGUUCUCCGAGUCCAUGGACUCCUCAGCACUAUCCCAACCUUUGCCAAAGUCUUCAGCUGCCCACAUGGUACCCCGAUGAACCCUGGUAGCCACUGCCAACUCUGGUGAUCUGUCCAAAGAUGCUUCCUGGCUAUGAACCAAGCACUUAAUUAUGAAAACCAAGGUAUCCAUCACCUUCCUACUUCUAGAAAUAAAGAAGGGGUCUGUCCUCUC